CCUGUGCAGCUGUACUGUUCCGUGCAAUCUGAAUGGACAAACGAUACAAAACCACGAAAGAAACAGAUGAAACAGGAUUCGGGCCCAAUCCCAGUAAACAACCAGCACUAUGUUAAAACUAUUGUCUCCCAUCCCAGACAGGUAUGGAGAAACUUUCCAGUUCCAAGCUGCUGAAUCUUCAUGACUGAGCAUGCAUGCCACCACUGUCAUAUACAAUAAACAAUAUAAAGAUUAAGAAAUUAUCUUGAUUAUAUGACAACAAAAACAGUCACCACAUUAUUAAUUUGUGCAAGUGAUGAAAUGAAUAAGCAACAGAUAACCACCGUUUCUCAUUAUUUCUGCAACUGUGUACUUGUUUCCCAACAAGCCAGGCACUCAGUCAAAGAGAAAAUCAGAAAAGUAACAUGGAAUUACGACAAAUCUGUUCAUAUCUGGGAUGAUUGUAUCAACUGAUAAUGGCAUCUCAGUUAGCUGCAUCGGGAGAAAUUGUGUCUAUCAAGAUAAUUAUCACUGUAAUGCAAAACAAAUGAGUAAUAACUGAUAAAAGAAAUCUUGUAGGGCAAACUCACAAGUUGAGCGAGUACAAUCAAAUAUCUGUCAUAUCUCUAAGCAGAAGUAAAAACCAAGUUACUUGAUGUGAAGAGUGAAAUGAGCCAUUUAAAACUGUUAUGGAAUGGAACUUGCAUUUGAAUUGUAGUGGCAGUUGGGAAUUCUGUUAAGCAAGAUUAAUUCGAGAGGAGUGUUAGAACAAGCUUUUUAUACAACAAUUUAAAACAAAGAUCCUCAGAGAGCAAGAAACUCUAAAACUACAAUCCGACAUUUAUAUUGGAACAAGCUUAUGACUGAAAUUUUAUUUUGGAAAUGUCUGGUGAAAAAGAAGAAGAACAGACCGCUGAUAUAAAUUUAGAAGGAAUUAUUGAAGCCUCUCCAGAUGAAAUUCCUGAGCCAAAUGCAACAUCAGAUAUGGAACAAUCACAAUUACCUACUGACAUGACGGAGAUUUCAUCAACAACCAGUUUGCAUAAAGAAAAAUCAGGUGCUUCACAGGAAAAGCUGUCAGAAAGCUUUUUGGGGGCUUCUCAAAGAGAUCCAGAAAAGGAAGCCUUACGUUCUGCAGAAAAACUAGAAAGCAUUAAGAAGAUAUCAGAAAUUUUGAUGUCUGAAGCCAAAGAUACAGAAAUUAUUGCUUACCUGUAUGCUGAAGGAUACACUGAUCUUCCUCAUGAUUUUUUGGAAGGGCAAACUAGAAAAAAAUUAUUACAUUCUAUAGAGAGUGCUACAACACCCCAAAAGAUAUCCGCAGAUAUGCUGCCUGAAAUGAUGCUUGAUGACUUCACAAUUCAAUUAAAUGCAAAAGGACUACUUGAAAUUCCUACAGGGGUAUUGGACAUGAAAAUGUUAAAUUACUUAUACUUAAACAAUAAUGAAAUCAAAAUUAUACCAAAAGAGAUAAGGCAGUUGACAGGUCUAGAAAUACUAUCCAUAGAAAGAAAUCGGUUAACAUCAUUACCUCCUGAAAUAGGCUUACUUCAAAAUCUUAGAACUUUAAACCUCCGACAUAACCAAUUGACAGGGCUCCCAGACGAAUUUUCACAACUUUCAGAACUUAAAUACCUUCUGUUCAGUCACAACAACAUAGAAAAAUUUCCAUCUGCUUUAACAACACUGAGAAGUCUGGAAGUUUUAGAUCUCAGUGGAAAUAAAGUGACUCUGAUAGAGAAUUUGACUGAAAUGAAAAAGCUGAAUAUCUUGUAUUUAAAUGAGAAUAAGAUGAAAAUAUUCCCAAAAGCUCUCUGUUACCUUCCAAAUAUAAGUAAGCUCAACUUGUCAGAAAACCUGAUCCAAAGUCUGCCAAAAGAAAUUGAAGAACUAAAAACAUUAAAAGAACUUUCACUAAGCAACAACAGGCUGAUAUUUCUGCCUAUACAGCUUUUUCAGCUUAUACAGUUAGAAAAAAUGAGACUAGAUUGUAACCAGUUAGAAAGCCUAUCAGAUAAAGUAGAGAACCUACAAAAGCUUCAGGAUCUCAAUCUUUCCAAAAAUUUAUUUCAAAACAUUACUGAUAAUAUUUCCAAAUGCACUAUGCUGGAACGUCUCAACCUCAGUGACAACCAAUUUAAAAAACUUCCCAACAAUCUGUACCAACUAAAAUAUUUAAAGGAACUCCACCUAAACAGAAAUCAACUGAUCUUGUUAGAUGAACACAUUGCAUUCAACAAAGAGCUGUCCGUCUUAGAGGUUUCAGAGAAUGCUUUAAUGUACAUCCCUGUUGAAAUAAAAAACUGUACAGAAAUCAUUAAGAUUGACUUAAGUUGCAACAAAUUGGCCCUAUUUCCAAUGGGAUUGUGUGCACUGGUAGCUCUUAGACAUCUAAAUCUCAGUGGAAAUUAUAUUUCAGAAAUAACUACUGAAAUUUCAUUCAUCAAAUACUUACAAUAUUUAAAUUUAAGCAAGAACAAACUGCCUUCUUUUUCCAUACAUUUGUGCACUCUUUCAAGAUUAAACUACUUAGACCUAAGUUACAACCAAAUCAGCAGUAUUCCAACCAAUGUGCAAAAAAUGAAGUCUCUUCGAACUCUGCUCUUACACCACAGCAAAUUUAUUUUGUUUCCCAGAGAGUUAUGUGCUCUAAAUCAACUUAAGGUACUUGAUCUUUCUGAAAACAAGAUACAGUUCAUUCCCUCUGAUAUUAAGGAUCUGGAAGAACUAAAAGAAUUAAAUCUGUCAAACAACAAUUUUGCAUCUUUUCCAGUUGAAAUCUGCCAAAUUUUAUCACUGCAGAAAUUAACAAUAUGCCAGAAAAAUGGACUCAAGUUAAAAUCACUUCCAGAAGAGAUAUCAAAAUUGCUGGUCCUCAAAGAACUAGAUAUAUCUUAUAACGAAUUACAAGAAAUGCCAAAAAGUAUAGGGGAAAUCAAAACUUUGGUCACUUUAAUAGCAAACAACAAUUUCUUUAAAAAGCUUCCCUCGAGCUUUUCAUCACUCCGUAAUUUACAGCACCUGAAUCUCAAAGAAAAUGAGAUACAACGUUUGCCUAGUGAUAUGCAUCUUCUCGUGGGGCUGAGGGAUAUAAAUUUUGAUGGAAAUCCUUUAAUCAGACCUCCAACAGAAGUCUGUAAAGGAAAACAACUGAUUCCAAUAAUACAUUACAUACGAAGUGCUGAUGAAAGAGAUGAAAAGAUCUUGGAGAAAGUAUUGAAGACAAUUGCUAACAAUGUCCCCUUUGAACAUUUUGAGUUUUUUUGUGAAAAGCUGCAGCUCCCGAGUUCUACCAUCAAAUCUAUUGAAAACAACAAGGGUCUUUCUUUAGAAGAGAUGGUGACUGAGGCAUUGAAGCAAUGGAAAACUGCACACCCAGAACUGACUUUUGAGGACAAAACAGUCCAGUUGAUUAGAAUACUCACAAUGGCUGGACUGUAUGACUUGACCAACAGAAUCAAAGCUAUAAGACUUUGUUCAAGAAUUGUGAAGUUCUGAAAAGUAAAUAACUUCAAGAAUUUUUCUUAGGGGGGGAGAGGAGUGCAUGCAAGCAAGAUGUGUAAAGUUAAUGUAUCAGAACUUAAUAUGUGUUACUUAACAUACCAUAAAUGCUUUCCUUUUUAAAAAAGCAGGCUGUGAUUUCUAACCAAGCCUUUUUUAUAAAUUCAGCCUUCAGCCUGAAAAUGUAUAAUUGAGAAAACUGAGUGGAGCUACAUAAAGAUUUUUAGCUGAUUCUAUUGGGCAAUUCCUAGGACCCAGGUAUCAUUUUAAGUAUCUAGUACAACCCCUUUUAAGACACAUAGUAUUUGUUUUGUUUUCCCUUUCUUUAUAUGAUUUAUGCACAAUAAAAAUUCCAAUCCCUUC